AUGGAGACACCGGCUUCGCAGUCAAACGCCUUGGUGCGCAAGAGACCAGCAGAUAUGGCUCUGAUGCCCCCGCCUCCCCAGGUGAAGAAGGUCAAGCGCCCAAAGAAGAUUCUCGAUGAGGAUUCCUAUACAGAGGCGCUGUCUCAAAUCAUCGCUAGAGAUUUCUUCCCUGGCCUCUUGGAGACUGAAACGAAACAAGAGUACCUCGAUGCCUUGGAAUCAAAAGAUCCAGCUUGGAUAUCCAGCGCCGGUCGCAGGCUGCAUCAGGUCAUGACCCCCGGCAGAGCGAAGCGCACACCGCCACCAUCCACCAGGCGGUUUGAUGGCGGACAGACACCUACUACAUAUGUCGGUGACACACCGGGCUCUGUGGCCUCAACCACAGUCACAGAUUCCCGGCUCAAGAUCGACACUAAUAUAAGCCUUACGAAAUUCCAAGAGACUUAUACCAGUGAGGACAACGAGAGUUUCUAUAAGCUCGUUGACAAACACAACCAAAAGAGAGCAGACAAGUAUGCUUGGUUAUGGAGGGAAAACAAACUCCCCUCCAGACAGAUGAUUAAGCAGAGAGAGGUGGAAGACAAGCUCUCACAAACUCGAAGUUUAACAGACGACGGGUUCAAAAAGGAUAGACUUGCCAUCAAAGACUCAGACGACCGCCCAGCAAGACCAGACAGCUGGAACGCAGCGCCCAAGAACACACUUAUGUUCACUGCGGAGGGUGUUGAUGACGGCGCCGAAACAGUGGCACAGAAAGCGGCAACAGCAUCCCGGGCACCUCCAAGGACUGUUGUCUAUUCAAACACCAGGAUGCCCGAGCCACAUGUUCCGGAUCGACCGCCUUCGCCUACAGCAUCCUCAAUCCGCGCAGCUGUCGCCGGCAGGCCGCGACAACGCGACCAAGACAGUGGGUUUGAUGGGGGCGAGACCCCAAGGGUUAAUGGUUAUGCGUUUGUGGACGAUGAGGACGAUGAAGAGCUUCCAGAUGAACAACCGCCGGUGAUCAAUCUCGGUCCAGGAGAUUCUAACAACCCAUUCAAGCUACAAGAACAGAGGAAAAGGGAGACGCUGCAUGAGCGCAUGGUAGAGCGAAUCGCGAAAUCGAACAAGGCAGCAUCACAGCAUGGUUUUAUGGGGAAAGCCGACAAUUCUCCAGUGCCAAGAUUUCCCAGCAGUCCGAGAGUAUCUGGAAGCCUUACGCCCGCAGCGCAAAGGCUAUGGAGCAAGAUCGGAUCCCCAAAAGCGCAGUUUUCGGGGAGCAGAUUUGCUCAAUCCACGCCUAUGAAACAGAAAGGAUCUCUUCUCAGGUCUGUUAAGAGGGCAACCCCGAAACAUGAGUGA